AGUUUGUCUCAUUUACUGUGAGUUCAUUUCACCUUGUGUUGCCAGGAGGAUGUAUGAAGGACGGUGGACAUGGACGCAGCAUUUCCUCCGAGUCAUCUGUCUUUUGCUGCUGGCAGCCGCUCCACCCACAGCACUUGGCUAUUUCCUGGGAGACACCAAGGCGGUGUUGAAUGGCUGCGAGGACCACUGGACCCUGCCGGACAGGUCCGCCAUGCCACUGCUCUUCCAGAUGACCGUGUGCGUGGACAUCCGUGUGGUGCGGCCCGGAGCCUGGGUGGCCUUCUCUUACAGCUCGGUCUACGCACCCAAGCCGGAGCUGGGUCUGGAGGGAGACGACGGGGCGCUGUACGGGUGGCUGCUGAGGGUCCGGCACAGGUUUCCUCUCCGGUUGUCCCCAACUGUCUGGCACAGGGUGUGCCUCAGGAGGGACGUACGGCGCAACUCCUUCAGCCUGGAGGUCGAUGGGGCAAUGGUGGCCGAGAGGACCGUCAUCGCUCCGGCCAUCGCCCCCUCGGGCUCCCUGCGGCUGGGCUGUCGUCCCAGAGACAGACUCUCGGGAGCCGAGCGCGGAGAAGUGGAGCUGUACCUGUUCCGGAUGUGGGCGGACCUGGGCGACCAUGGCCUCUGCGAGGACGGCACGGUGAUCGGCUGGGAUACCUGGGACUGGCGUUUCUCGAGUCUCAAUGCCCGGCAGACAGACCCGAACCUUCUGUGUGCCCACAGACGGUUGAGGCGUCGGGCUCGUGUUGACCGCAGCGCUUGUAGCAAAGGGUCCUCAGAUUCGAAUUCCAAAAGUGACACUAAGUCUAAAAUUGAGAAAAAGGUAUAUGACCUGGAGUCAAAAACAUUGUGCAAACGUCAACCAGCGAAACUCCUCGAAGUCUGCCAGUGUGACAAAAAACUUAAGGAAGUGGAUGUGUCCUGUAAAAGGGUUUCUGCACAGCAGGAGACUCAUGAAAACAAAAUACAAGUUCAAAUCACUAUGAAGAGGAAGAAACAUGGUCAAAAUCUGUGUCAGUUCACAAUUUCCCUGGAGGAUUUCUGUCAGUCUUGCGCACACUCAUGUAGUUCCUGUCCAGAGCCUUCCACAAUCAAGCAAAGGACGACUCAGCCUCCGACCACCAGCGACAUUACAAGAACUUCCGAAGCUUUAACUCCAACUGUCAGCCAAAAGAUCCGACAAACUAAUACGACAACUGACAAAACCACAGCAGGUCAUCAGAAAAAGGAAUCACAAGGAACUGCUGUCAACCUAACGACAAAAGACCCAGGAGUCGAUUUGACAACAACUACACCUGCCAAUGCCUACCUUGAGCAUACAUCCACAAUAUCAUCCACAACACCUAUUGCGGCUGCUACUGCUUCUACCACAUCUGGCCCACCUCCAACCCAGAGUAGCACCACUUCUGCUGACGUGUCCUCAAAGUCUACAACAACUCUCCAAACCACCACCCUCACCAGAACAACCACAACGACUGGUACAGCAACUACUAUUUCCAAAACUAUGAUGAAGACAACCAUUGGCCAAGAGGCACAGGAGGAGCAAGCCAAUGAACUGCUGAACCAAACUCAGGAUGCAUCCCAGCUAAACUCCUCCCAGGUGGGGCAGUUAGUGGGGCAGUUGGAGAAGCUGCUGGAUGGCCCCACUGUCUCUCAGUCAGUGGGUCAAAAGGCCAUAGGCAUCAUCAGCAACCUGAAGGACGGCGACCCGGUGGCCCUCUCUGCGUCUGCCAAUCGGCUGAUUCGAGUCGUGGACAGUGUGGGUCUAAAGGCGGUCGUCAGCGGGGACAGAGAAAUCCUCUCUUCAAAUUCACUGGUGCUGGCCAUCAGGACAGUGGAUGGUACCAACUUCACGUCAUUAUUGGUCAACAUCUUCAACAGUGAUAAUGUCCAGAUCCGUGCUGUUGGCAGAUCCGGGUACAAGAGGUCAGGUUCUGCUCUGGGGUCUGUUUUUUUGCCCUCCACCUUGACUGCAGGUCUUAGUCCUGAGCAGCAGCAGCAGGCCAGCAGGGUGCAAUUCACUUUCCACACCAAAAAUGUCCUUUUCCAGGACAAAGCAUUAGGUGACAAAACCCUGGUCAGUUCAGUUCUGGGCGCCAGUGUUGCCAAUUUGUCAAUAAGCAACUUGACUGAGAACAUUCUGUUCACCAUCCGAAAUAUCAACCCCAUGCCUGGAAACUUUGUGGCUUCCUGUGCAUUUUGGGACUUCACUGUCAAUGAUGGUCAAGGAGGCUGGAGCUCUGCCGGCUGCUUUGUUGUCAAUGCCACAUCGGACGACACAACCUGCAGCUGCAACCAUCUCACUUCAUUUGCAAUACUGCUGGAUUUGUCCAGAGACGUACUAAUCGACCGUCAGCACGCACAAAUUCUCACUUUCGUCACCUACAUCGGCUGCGGAAUCUCCGCCAUUUUUCUUGCCGUCACUUUGCUGACGUACCUUUCAUUUGAGAAACUGCUGCGCGACAUUCCUGCCAAGAUCCUGGUCCAGCUCUGCCUGUCCCUCCUCCUCCUCAACCUGGUCUUCCUAUUGGACGGCUGGCUGGCGCUCUACCCGGCCAUCGGGCUGUGCAUCAGCACCGCCUUCUUCCUGCACUACUUCCUGCUCACGUCAUUCACCUGGGCCGGGCUGGAGGCCCUGCACAUGUACCUGAGCAUCGUCCAGGUGUUCACUCCUUACCUGAGCAGAUACAUGCUCAAGUUCUCACUGAUGGGCUGGGGUAUCCCUCUUCUCGUGGUGAUCAUUAUAAUAUCAGUGGACAAAGACAACUAUGGUCUGGUUACGUAUGGGAAAUACUCAGAUGGCACCUCAGAUGACUUCUGUUGGCUGCUUAACGACAUCGCCUUCUACGUGGGCGUGGUGGCCUACUUCCUGCUGGUCUUCGUCCUGUGCCUGCUCGUCUUCGUCGUCGUCAUGGUGCAGCUGUCGCGCAUCAAGAAGCGAAACCCCCAGAACCAGUCGCCGAACCGGGGAGUGCUGACCGACCUGCGCAGCGUCUCCGGCCUCGUCGUCCUCCUGGGCCUCACGUGGGGCUUCGCCCUGUUCGCCUGGGGGCCGCUCUACAUCCCCUUCGUCUACCUGUUCACCAUCUUCAACUCCCUGCAAGGUUUCCUCGUCUUCGUCUUCCACUGUGCUGUAAAGGAGAACGUCCGCAGACAGUGGCGGACUUACCUCUGCUGCGGGAGGCUGCGAUUGGCUGAAAACUCAGAAUGGAGUCACAAGGCCACUCAGAACAACAGGACUCUGUCGACGGCCACGGCCUUCACCUCGGGUCCACAUUCCACCUCCGGGAAAUCGUCCGUCGUGGGCGAAGGCACCAACAGCAGUGAAUAUCCAACAGCUCCAACAGCGACGUCGUCUUCAACGAGCUACACGGACGGAACGCGCCAGUGCACGGCAAGGCCUGACCAAGAAAUCCUCAGUGUAACACAAGACGAGGGUUUUUAAAAAAAGGUGUAAUGAAGGACAAGACGACGUCCGGGGGGAGAAGUGAGUUUGUUGACAGCGGUGAGUGCACACUGGGAGCAUUUCUGACUGAAGAUAUGAACUAUUUCACACUGUUACAGCUGUUGACGGUAGACAUGUUAACGAUUAGAUAAUUGGUAGCCUGGGACAGCUAUUUGAUAGAUAAGGUUUUUUUCCAGCAGGUUUUUCUCCUUUGUGCACAUGAGUGGAACAUAACGAAAGAAGGUUAUUUCCAGUGUUUUUCUCAAUGCUCCAUGAACUGCUGCAUCCAUAUUUUAAAAUGUGACACGUGUCAAGAGGCACUUUGAGAAGGAUUCUCUGCGGAGACGAGGUAGACUAAAGGAAAAUGUGCACAUUCCGCCUGUUUUAUUUAAUCUAAUCUGCUUUUUAGAUGAGUUUGUUUGACGUGAGAUACUUUAUUUUGCUACUGCAUGUUAGACUAUAUCAGAUAUAUAUUUUAAAAGACAUGAAGUGAGGCUAUGCAGCAUGCUGGAGCAUAAUCACAGGUGAGGAUUUAUUUCCUGCCCUUUAAUUUCUUAAUUUUUUUUACACGAAGGACAGAUUUGACACAGUGUCCUUGCGGGAGAACAUGUGCAUGCCAUGAAAAGAGAAGAUAAUAAAACCUCGAUUUACUACCUGUCCGGUUUGUCUCUUUCGAGUCAGAGACUUUCACGGCCACAUGACAUCUCUCACAUCUUUAAUCAAAUCUGCUCAACGUGGGAAUAACCCACCAAUUACCAAUUACAGGGCGUCGGUGAAGGUCGGCAGCAGUGAGCUAUUACAAGUUUAACACAAGUUCAACAGUGUGUGACCUCUAAUGUGAACUAACUGGUACAUACAAAGACGUCACCGCGACGAGAAUGAAUCACACAAUUUAGUUUUAGUCCAAUCCACCUCGGCCAUGCUGAUGAUUCAUUUGUGAGACAAUUUUUGAAUUCUUAAUAAGUAAUAAGUACAAUAUUAGAACGUUGGGAUGUAAAAGGGUGAGAAAUAUAAAGUAGCAAAAAAUAUAUUAAAAAAGUACUUUGAAGUUGCACUAAAAGUACAGUACUUGUGGAAAUGUAUUUAGUUACUUUCUGUUGCUGUUUACGUACAAUUUAUUCAUUUGUUAUUGUCUGGGGAAAAAACAAUUUUAAUAAGUAAAAGUUGUUUGGUAAUAACAAUAAAAGCAUUUAUUAUUUAUACAUAUACAUCACUUGUAUGUCAGACCCAAAACAAUUAAUACCCAUAUGUAAUAUUGAUAUAAAAAUGCACUGAAUUCUGUCAUUGUUAUGCACAUAUUAAAGCUUUUAAAAAUGC